AUGCCGCCAAAGCAGGCAAAGCCAGACCCGCGCUCUUCCACGAUCCUCUUUAAGAAGCACAAGACCACAGUCCUUCUCUCGCUUCAGUCCCAUGAAUCUGUCACAUCGGCCAAGGAGAAGCUUCUCCAAGCCCUGAAAUCACGGCAUCUCAGCGACAUCAAUGGCGACGCGGUUCCCGACAACCCUGCGCAGAUAGAGCUCGGCGUGCCCGUGGACCGGAGCGACCUAGAGAAAGGCUGGAUGGGCUUAACAACGGACAUUCCGGGUGAAGAAGACGGCUCAAAAAAGAACGGAGGAAAAAAGAAUGCGUCAGAUACUCUGCAGACUGCAGGACUCCAGAAUGGUCACUCAGUCGCAUUCCGCUUCCGCAAAACGGGCGCAGGUGAUGAGCUCGACACGGACAUGGAACUCAAUGACCCUGGCUGGGACGUAAUCAUCCCGAGCUUCGAUGACGAGGAAGAGGCAUAG